GUCAGAUACCGACUGUUCUGUAAACUGUACUUUUUCCUGUGACGAUCCAGCUUGGUAUACAAUUUAGAGAUGAGUAUUUUGCUGGGAGUCGUGACGGCUGCUGGUACUUAUGCCGACUUGCCGACAUUACUGUUGGCUGUGUGUGCCUGUCUGCUGACCUACCUGUACCUGCAGCGUCCCCGGAACCUACCGCCGGGACCCAGGGGCUGGCCGCUGGUUGGGAACCUCCCCACUAUGGCUAAGUCUGAUUUUCUUCCCGCCACUUUCACGGAGCUGUCCAAACAGUACGGUGACGUCAUGACCAUCUGGGCCGGCCGCGAUACCAACAUCGUCCUUUCUGGGUACGAGACUAUCCGCACUGCCCUGGUCAAGAGAGCCGAGGAUUUCUCCAGUCGCAGGCUCCCGCCAGGAAUUGCAGAUAUACGCGGAGAUGCCACGACCAAGGAUACAGAAACAGCUAAAGGAGUCCUGUUUGCCGCGUACGGACCAGAGUGGAAACAUCAGCGCAAAUUCGCCCUCAUGACUCUCCGGGACUUCGGCGUCGGCAAGCGGAGUUUGGAAGGCAAGAUCAGCGAAGAAGCUAACGCGCUGGUUCAGGAAAUUCUGUCGCAAAACGGACAACCGUUCGACUUAAAAGUCAUCGCCCAAAACGGUGUUUCUAACAUCAUUUGCUCGAUUGUCUUCGGGCACCGAUUUGAAUACGGCGACCCUGAUUUUCUUCGGCUGAUGAGCCUGUUAAACACCGUAGUUGAGGCAAGGCCCUCUGUCGGCGAUCGUCUGAUAAUGAUACACCCCGUGUUUCGACACCUUCCCCUUGGUAAUGGCAGAUUUGCUGGAAAGCGUUCAAAAGGUGUGGAAAUGUUGCUUACUUUCCAAGAGUUCUGCAAGGAACAGAUAGAGAAUCACAGGCAGACCUUUGACCCAAACGACAUCCGGGACUUUAUCGACGCCUUUCUUCUUGAGCAGCAGCGGCCUCAGGACGAAAAAGCCCGGGAGAACUUCACCGACAAGCAGCUACAAGAGGUGCUGAUAGACUUGUUUACGGCCGGCACUGAGACCACCGCCACCACCAUUCGCUGGGCCCUGCUGUACAUGAUGGUCAACCCAGAAAUCCAGGAAAAGGUUCACCAGGAGAUCGACUCGGUGCUGGGGCAGAGCCCGCCGUCCUACGCACAGCGGAACCUGCUGCCCUACACAGCCGCGACCAUAGCGGAGGUCCAGCGGAUCAAACCCAUCGUGCCCCUCAGUGUUCCGCACGCAGCGUCCAGCGACACCACUCUCAAUGGCUAUAACAUCCCUCAGGAGGCCAGGAUUAUGGUUAACCUGUGGUCCGUGCACAUGGACCCUGAGCUCUUCCCAGAGCCGGGCAGCUUCCGACCCGAACGUUUCCUGGAUCAGGACGGAAACUUCGCCAAACACGAGGCGCUCAUCCCGUUUUCUAUCGGCCACCGGAUAUGUCUUGGUGAGCAGCUGGCCAAGAUGGAGCUCUUCAUGCUGUUCGUGUCCCUGAUGCAACGGUUCACAUUCCAUCUGCCAGAGGGCGCCCCGAAACCUUCCAUGGUGGGAAAGUUGGGCGGUAUCAUCAACGUGCCUUUCCCCUUUGAAUUGUGCGCCGUUCCACGUGGAUAGCGUCAACAUACAGUUAAAUGUUUAUGAAAUAUACACAGGGCAAGAAUAAGCAAGUGUCCAUAUGAAAGAAAAUCUUAAUGGGACGCCUUAUGGAUGUGCAGCGGAUCUGUUUUGAAACUUAAAUUAUAAGCAGUUGGAUAAAGUUUAUAACACAAAUGAAAUUGGUUUGAGUAGUAUGAUGCUGUCUACAUUGCUGUGCUAUAAAUGUACCGAUGCCUAUUGAAGAUGUAUGGAUUACAAGCAAGUAUAUGAUAGAUCUCUGCAAUUCU